AUAUCCAUCGUAUUUCUCCCCAUUUUCUCUUUAUCAGACAUACUACAAAAAGAAACCUGGCAUGGCAGGACUGUUCACAACCAGAGUCAAAAGAAUAUCCUCCAAGCACGGUUUGAACACGAUCCUUACCCUGUUAAAGCGACCAGAAAACAACUGGCCAAGGAAAUUGGCAUUCCAGAAUCUAAAAUUCAGAUUUGGUUUAAAAACCACAGAGCAAAACAGAGACAGGGGUUCAGCUGCUCCUCAGGAAAAGACCAAACCCAUGGACAGAACGAGCCUCAGUCUUGUACUCAAGUUAAGAACCCACCAGUCCAAAUGCAGUUCGGUAACAUCUUCCUCAUCUGUCAUCUCAGGGUAUUCAGAGAGAAAUACUUACCAAAAGGAGCCAGACAAAACCUGAGAUCUGCCCCAAGAUCUCAAUCAAACAUCCUAGUUUAAGCCUUUGAGAAGGACCGAUUUCUUGAUAUUGCAACCAGGAAAAAACUAGCCAAACAAACAGGCAUUCCGGAGUCAAGAAUUCAAAUGUGGUUUCAGGACCGAAGAUCUCUGUACCCUAGGCAGAGCACAAGUGAGCCUGUGAAUUCCUUGGUAGAUGUUCCAAAUGGCAGACCCGGACAAAGUGUCAUGAUGCAGCCCACGCAGGCUGUGCAGGGAGGAGAGAACACUCCCUCCACUCUAACAUUUGGGAAUUACAUGCCGAUACUGCUGACUAUGGGAGAAGACCCAGAAGCUCAGCAUCCCUUUUGGCCCCAGUACCAAGAAAAAUGCCAGGACCACCAAGAACAGACUGACGUGGGAGUACUGCAGUUGAAAGACUACUUUCAGCCUUAUCCUGAGCACAAAAACCAACCACCGCAGGAUCAGGGCCAGGUGGACAUCGCUUAUAUUCUGCAGUGGUGGGAUGAGAGCUGCGAGCUGACUGCAGAAUGGGAUCCUCGAAAAGGGACACACUGAGACAGACCGGUGGCCGCAGCACAGUCAGCUGGAGAACCAUCUCAUGCCCUCCGCCAACCACACCAGCAAUAUAUAUAAACCUCAAGAAGCCUUUAGGGUCAACUCCUGCCAUCCACAGAUUGUCAGUAAAAGGUGCAAACUUUUUUGAAUUCUGACCCACAGGAAGAGGGCCCUCCAGAGCCCCAACUGUGCCUCAGUGAGGAAGAUUUUUAGGCUCUUCUCCACGUGCUGUGAAGCUCACCAGGGCCUGAGCUUCCAGAGGAAAAUGGCAUUCUUAGAAACUGGUCCAGAUUUCCUUUCUUCCAGUGCAGAUCAGAGCAACUUAAAGGGCAAUGAACAAGGAAGUCAUCAUGGCAGGGACAAAACUAAUGCAGGGGGAAGGAGAAACCACUUGGAAACCCAAAUGGAGGUUUUUACUCUGUCCUGUGGGCAGUGGUUAUCUUCUGUACAUACUUCACUAAGUAAAGGAUUGUUUCCACACUCCGCACUGCCUCUGGAAGCAUCAAGGACACCAGGCGGUGGACACAUCUGCCAAAUUUUUGUGGAAAAAAAGUAUUUUACUGAAAAAUAUGACCUCCCCUCUGUAAUCACCACAUCAUCCAAUGCUUGGAAAAUCCACAAAUUGUAACCUAACUCAGCGAGAAUAGGUCUCUGAGGGAUACAUCAGAGCUUCU